AUGGCAACAGGCACUCAUCAAAAAACAACAAAUAUAAGAUAUGGUUCAUUUCCAUUUACAACACGUCGAAAUCCUAUUAUAGACGAUUAUGAUAUAUCAUCAGAAGCAUUAGGUUGUGGUAUAAAUGGUAAAGUAUUAAAAUGUCAACAUCGUCGAACAGGACAAAAAUGUGCACUCAAAAUUUUGAAAGAUUCAGUCAGAGCUCGACAAGAAAUUAUCAUGCAUAAAAGAGCAUGUGAAAAUUGUCAAUACAUUGUACAAGUAGUGGAUGUCUAUGAAAAUACGUAUGAUUUCAAUCAAUGUUUAUUACUUGUCAUGGAACGUAUGGGAGGUGGUGAAUUAUUCAAUCGUAUUCGCGAACGAACAAACGGUCUAUAUACUGAACGUGAUGCUGCAAGAUACAUUUGGAUGAUUGUUCAAGCUGUUAAACAUUUACAUCAAAUGGAUAUUGCUCAUCGUGAUUUAAAACCAGAAAAUUUACUUUUAACAAAUGAAAAAAAUGAUGCUAUUCUCAAACUUAGUGAUUUUGGAUUUGCUAAACACGGAAAUGAUCAACUACUACCAUUGUGUACUCCAUUAUUCACACCAUUUUAUGUUGCACCAGAGAUUCUAUCUCGCGGAAGAUAUGAUAAAGCUUGUGAUAUUUGGUCGAUGGGUAUAAUUAUGUACGUUCUUCUAUGUGGUUAUCCACCUUUCUUUCCGGAAAGUGAAGAACAGCUUAGUACUGGUUUGAGGAGUAGAAUUCGAACUGGUAAUUAUCAAUUUCCGAAUGAAGAAUGGGAACAUAUCUCAGAAGAAGCUAAAUCGACUAUUCGACGAAUGCUUACAGUUGAGCCAGCACAACGUAUUACAAUCGGUGAAAUUCUCACAUCUACAUGGCUUACUGAAUUGACAUCUGAAAGACCAAUCGAUAUGAUUGCACUUCAAGAUGUUGAAACUCAAACACAACUAGAAGUCGCAGUUGCAUCUGCUACUGAUAUCCAACGUCGAACCGAUGAUGAUGAUAUAGAGAUUAAAAUAUCUGGACCAGCAGCAUCACGUAUUGCUAAACGAGCAGCCAAACGAAAACAAUAA